AUGAAUCAAAGAGAGUGGGUGCGGUUUAAGAUUUGCGUGAGGGAGUUCAUGAUUGGGGUUUCCGAGUUAACUGUGGAGUUUGGGAAAGGCUGUAGGGAUAUAGUGAAACAAAGCUUAGUGCAUCAAGAUUCGUUUGUUGUUAGGAAAUUUGGAAAGAGUUGGAAUAGAGUAAGAGAACCAUGUAACGAGAUGUUCAAGAAAUUGAGCUUUUUUAAUCAGUAUUUGCCUGAGGAUAAAGACCCACUUCAUGUAUGGUCUGUCAUAUUCUUCGUUUCCUUACUUGCUUUCUCAGCGUUGUAUGUAAAUUUUGAGUAUGAUCCAUCUGCUCCCUUUGUGAAACAAGUAUUUUUGCAUCCUGCUAGUGCCUCUCGUAUUGUGCUUCCGGAUGGAAGAUACAUGGCAUAUAAGGAGCGAGGUGUUUCGGCUGAUAGGGCUAGAUUUUCAAUUAUUGCUCCUCAUACUUUUCUUUCAUCUCGGCUAGCAGGAAUUCCUGGAGUUAAAGAUUCACUGCUGGAAGAGUUCGGCAUUCACUUGCUCACUUAUGAUCUGCCUGGUUUUGGCGAGAGUGAUCCUCAUCCCAAACGAACCCUUGAAUCCUCAGCAAUAGAUAUGUCGUAUUUAGCCGAUGCUCUUGGUGUUGACAAGUUUUGGGUUAUUGGUUACUCAAGUGGAAGCAAACAUGCCUGGGCUGCACUUAGGUACAUACCUGAUAGACUUGCAGGUGCUGCCAUGUUUGCCCCCAUGGUGAACCCAUAUGAUCCUAUGAUGACAAAGGAAGAGAGACGAAGAACCUGGGUCAAAUGGACGCGAAAAAGAAAAUUCAUGUACUUCUUAGCUCAAAGUUUUCCUAGACUUCUUGGUUUCUUCUAUCAGCGAAGUUUCUUGUCAGGGAAGCAUGGUCAGAUUGAUAGGUGGCUGUCUUUAUCUCUUGGAAAUAGGGAUAAAGCACUACUUGAAGAUCCAAUCUAUGAAGAAUUUUGGCAAAGGGAUGUCGAAGAAUCGAUCAGGCAAGGAAAUGUGAAACCCUUUGUGGAGGAAGCUGCUUUGCAGGUCUCAAAUUGGGGUUUCAGCCUUGUAGACCUCAAGUUGCAGAAACGAAAAUACAGUGGGAAGAAUGUGCUUAAUUGGCUCAAAGCAAUUUUCACAGAAACUCAAGAGUAUACAGGGUUUCUCGGUCCAAUACAUAUAUGGCAAGGAAUGGAUGAUACAGUGGUUCCACCUUCGAUGACUGAUUAUGUGCAUCGUGUACUACCUGGAGCUGCAGUACAUAAACUCCCAUAUGAAGGCCAUUUCACUUAUAUAUACUUUUGUGAUGAAUGCCACAGACAAAUAUUUACUACACUUUUCGGAACCCCGCAAGGCCCUCUCAGUAUUUCUUUAGAAGUAGAUCCAAUUACCCUAGAAGCCAAUAUUGAACAGCAAGAAGCAGUAGCAACUAGCAAGCAGUGGUGA